AUGGCUGCUGCUGCGAAAAGGGUCCCUAUCCCCAAGAAUGGCGUUGAUUACAGAGGGAAAAUUGUCCUUGCGCCGAUGGUCAGGAGUGGAGAGUGCCCGUCGAGAUUGCUGGCGUUGAAGUACGGCGCAGACCUUGUGUGGGGGCCGGAAACGAUUGACAAGGCACUCAUCGGCACCACACGACACGAGAACGCCGCCACGAAGACUGUAGACUUCACUCGAAUAUCUUCGAACGGCGCCAAGAACCCAAGCCUGAAUCUGGGUCAGCGGGAAAGCGUCAUCUACCAUCUACAUCCUGAGCGCGAGGGCCGCAGACUGAUCUACCAAAUCGGCACUGCAAAUCCAGACACUGCAGUGGAAGCCGCAAGACUGAUAGCGCCUGACGUUGCUGGUAUUGAUGUCAAUGCUGGAUGCCCGAAGCCGUUCAGCACCAGCGGCGGUAUGGGCGCGGCUCUGCUCAAAACUCCCGAGAAGCUGUGUUCGAUAUUGGAGGCGCUUGUUCGAGAUGUCGGCCAGCCGAAUGAGAUAGGAAUCAGCGUCAAGAUUCGAAUACUAGAUACUGCCGAGGAGACCGAAGCGCUCGUUCGAAAGUUGGUCGCUACAGGAAUUACUGGGCUUACCGUUCACUGCCGCACGACACCGAUGAGACCUCGAGAACGCGCGAUACGGGACCAGCUGAAAAUGAUUGCGAAUAUAUGCCACGAAGCAGGCGUCGCAUGUCUCAUGAACGGAGACGUGACGAGCCGCGAUGAGGCAAUGAAACUCAUGGAGGAGUAUGGUGUUGACGGUGCCAUGAUUGCCACUGCGGCCGAGACAAAUCCUUCGGUCUUUCGACCAGACUCAGAGGGCGGCAAAGCAGGCUGGGAAGAAGUUGUGAAGGAAUACGUCAAGACAUCGAUGGAAGUCGAAAAUCGGUGGGGAAAUACCAAGUAUUUGCUCGGUCAGAUGAUACCAGGCAAGCAGCAAGCCUACAAAAGCAUGAUGGCAACAAAGAGCUACAGCGACAUUGUCAAGACGCUUGGAUACUCAGAUCUGGAGGACAUGGCCAAAGACGUCGACCAGAGGCUCGAAAUCGGCGCCUUCGAGAAGCCCAAGAUGACCAAAGCCGAGCGGAAAGCAGCCAACAAAGCCGCCGCCGCAGCAAAAGUCGCAUGGGAGACGGGCAGCUGCGAAAACGGCAGCAGCGAGACGAACGGAAGUGAAAAAGAGAACAAGCCUGAGAAGAAGCUGUCGCCCACAGCGGCAGGCAUUAAGCGUUCGGCCGAGCAAGCCCAGCUGGAUAUGCCCCCAGACAUUCAACGCGAUCGAGCACCGGGCUCUGUGUCGGAGAAUGCGUCGACUUUGGCGAUUUGA